UAGUGUCAUGAAGCUAAAUCCACAGCAAGCACCAUUGUAUGGGGAGUGUGUGCUGACUGUGCAGCUUGGUGAUGAAGAUCUGGAGGAUGAAGAGAAGGAGGAGGAGGAGGAGGAGUUCUACCUCCUGUUCUCAGGCUCCACCCAGCGUCACCUGACCAGCACGCUGCGCCUCAGCCAUGUCACUCUGCAGGCCGUCUGCCCAGCCCACGCCUGCUGUGAGUGGGUGCAGGUGACGCUGUGCUCCGCCCGGCCCGGGGGCGUGGUGGGCUGCGUGUCCCAGGAGCGCUUCCAGUUCGUCCAGGACCUGGCGCUGGACAUGGCCCAGUCCCUGGUGCAGAGCGCGGGGCGGCGUGGCGGUCUGGAGGGGGCUCUGCUCCUGGAGGAGGGCCAGGCUGAGGAGUGUGAGAGGCUGGACGAGCAGCUGGCUCUGGCCCUGCGACACCUCCCCCUGCCUGCCGGCUGGAGCGUCCUGGGGGAACACCUCGAGCCCUCUCACCUGGGGACACACCUGGGAGAACACGCCCACUCUCACCUGGGGACACACCUGGGAGAACACGCCCACUCUCACCUGGGGACACACCUGGGAGAACACGCCCACUCUCACCUGGGGACACACCUGGGAGAACACGCCCACUCUCCGCACGGCCACAGGACACCGCCGGACACCUGCACAGACCCUGGUCCGAGGGAGACUCUCCUCCACUUCGCCGGGCGGCGCGGUCUGCGGAGAGUGGCCCUGUUCCUGCUCCAGCAGCCUGGGGGAUUGGAGGCACUCCGCCUGCCCAACACACAGGGCCUCACCCCGGGCAGCCUCGCCCUCAGUAGGGGCCACCUCCACCUCCAGCACCUCCUCACACAAGCGGAGACAUUGCCGCCGGCCAGGAUCAAAGCGGAGCCAGGGGGGGUCCCCGGGGGGGUCCCAGGGGGGGUCCCAGGGGGGCGUUGGCUGCAACACCACCCCAGCCUGAACACCUACACCCUGACUGUGGACACGCACCCCGGACACAGCGCCCCUCCCAGCCUGCAGGGGGAGCUGGAGGAGCUGCAGCGCUUCAUCCGCAGCAGCAGAGACAAGCUGUCCGUAGAUGAGUCUCCUGUCACCACGGGCAACGGUGACAUCAUCACCACCAACCCCCUGACUGACGCCCACCUCAGCACGGGGGCGUGGUCUUGCUCCAACGGCCAAUCAGAGGAAGCCGAGCCCUGCUCGGACAAACGGCAUUCAGUGGAAAGAGAAGAGGAGUUGGGGGCGGAACCUCGGCCUGUGGCUACUUCCUGCGUGAAGGCAGGAAGAAGGAAGCGGAGGGUGGCAGAAAGAGAGCGGUUGGGACCUAGAGACUGUGCGGCUGGCGCUGGAAGAACAGGAAGUCAGGCGGUCGCUGACACAGCCCAGGGGCGGCGCGCUCACAACCAGGAAGAGAGCAGAGCAGGAGAGAAGCACACAGAGACUCAGACGCACGCGGAGGGGAAGGAGAAGACUCAGGACCCAGGACCAGACCCAGAUAUGGGCCACGCUCAGUCCCUGGAGCAGCUCUCGCCCCCGCAGAGCCCCCAGAGCAGCCAGGGGAGCAGGGGCGGGGAGAGGGGCAACCCGGGGGCUCAGAGGGGCAGGGGAACAGAGCUCAGCCAGGGAGCCAGCUCCAACACUACCUGGUACGAGACAGACCAGAGUCCUGUGGAGAACGGUCAAGUCCACCACUCUCUGGACGCACUGGAGCCCAGCUUUGGCCAGGUGGAGGUAGCUGAGGCUGCUUGUGAGGCUGCUUGUGAGGCUGCUUGUGAGGCUGGCUGUGGGGCUGACUGUGAGGUUGGCUGUCACUGCCUCCACUCUGGACCCCAGCCAGCCCGGUCACAUGCCUGGGCCGCAGGACAAAGACAGGAAGUGGUGGAGGUGGCGAGUUGUUCUGGGCGGAGAGAAGUGACAGAUAACAGGGAGGCGCUGGGCUCUGAGACGAGGGAACAGUCGGCGAGCAGACACGAGCAGACCAGCUCCACACCACCGACACAGACACCGACACCGACAGAGGAGUCCAGCAGGAUGACUCCAGGACUCGGGACAGAGGAGUCCAGCAGGAUGACUCCAGGACUCGGGACAGAGGAGUCCAGCAGGAUGACUCCAGGACUCGGGACAGAGGAGUCCAGCAGGAUGACUCCAGGACUCGGGACAGAGGAGUCCAGCAGGAUGACUCCAGGACUCGGGACAGAGGAGUCCAGCAGGAUGACUCCAGGACUCGGGACAGAGGAGUCCAGCAGAGCACCAGGAGAAGCUGAACUCAGACACACAGCCCCCCACUGCUCCAGACAGGCGGAUAAACACCACCAGACCAAACAGGAUGUUACCAGAGGGAGAGAGCACAGGACUCACAGUGGACAGACCAGCUCAGCCAAUGGGAUAGCAGAGGACACAGUGACAGACAGGAAACCUCCUGUCUCCUCCUGUGGGGAGUUCGGGGAUGUUGGCUGGGGGAAGACGCAGCGCCAAGGGGCUGAUGGGAAGAGACCAGCCGUAACGUGGGCGUCGUCAGAAGGCAUGCCAGAGAGCCAAUCGGGGCAGCGUGAAGCAGAGGAUUAUGGGAUUCUGGGAUGUCGAAGUCAGGAACAGUCUGAAGAGAUUACAGGCACAGCUGUAGCAGUGGUUGCCGUUGCCAUAGCAGCCGCCGUAGCUCAAGUAGAACUCUCCGAACUGUUACGCAACAAACAGUCAACACAGUUACACAGUGAUCAGUCACACCAACAGUCAGCACAGUUACAAAGUGAUCAGUCACACCAACAGUCAGGACAGUUUCACAAACAGUCGGAAGAGUUACACAGUGAUCAGUCAGACAAACAGUCAGAACAGUUAAACAGUGACGAGUCAGGCAAACAGUCAGAACAGUUUCAUAGUGAUCAAUCAGACGAACAGUCAGCACGGUUUCACAGUGAUCAGUCAGACAAACAAGCAGUGCAGUUAGACAGUGAACAGUUGGUCAGUGAAUUCGCACAGUUAGAAAGUCAAAAGUCUGACAAGCAGUCAGCACAGGAAUACAAUGAUCAGUCGGGCCAGAAACAGCUAGCACAGUCUGACAGCAAACAGCCUAACAAACAGUCAGAACAAUCUGAGCACCGUCCAACACAGUUUGAUAAUCAACUGUACGACACCAAGGAAUCUGACAACAAACUGUCUGCUCAGUUAGACAGCAAGCAGUCUGACACAAAACAGUCAGCACAGCCAGACGCUAAACCAUCUAAGUCUAAGAGUAGUAAACGAUCCAAAAGGUCUAAGAACAAACAGACAUCUCAGUUGAAGAGCCCAGUGGAGCCUUGCCUGCUUUCUAGCCAAGAAUCUCGCCUGGAUCUUAGCCUGGCUCCUAAUCUGACUCCUAGCUUGACUCCUAGCCUGGAUCCUAACCUGACUCCUAAUCUGACUUCUAGCCUGGAUCCUAAUCUGACUCCUAGCCUGGAUCCUAAUCUGACUCCUAGCCUGGAUCCUAAUCUGACUCCUAGCCUGGAUCCUAAUCUGACUCCUAGCCUGGAUCCUAAUCUGACUCCUAGCCUGGAUCCUAAUCUGACUCCUAGCCUGGAUCCUAAUCUGACUCCUAGCCUGGAUCCUAACCUGACUCCUAAUCUGACUCCUAGCCUGGAUCCUAAUCUGACUCCUAGCCUGGAUCCUAACCUGACUCCUAAUCUGACUCCUAAUCUGACUCCUAGCCUGGAUCCUAGCCUGGAUCCUAGCUUGACUCCUAGCCUGGUUCCUAGCCUGGAUCCUAACCUGAAUCCUAGCCUGGAUCCUGGUGUUGGGGACACAGCUGAGGAAUGCCUGGGUGACUCACCGGCAGGCGGACAGAAUGAGAGGAAGCUGACGCACUCUGAUGAGGUCAUCCAGCCGACGCACUCUGAUGAGGUCAUCCAGGAGGAGAGAGAUGAUGUCAGCUCUGCUGAAUCUGUGACCCAUCCCAGUGUUGAGAGUUUGGACACACCUGUCAGUAUCUCCAGUGACUCCCCCCCCUCAAUACACCCAGCCCUUCCAGACAGUAGUAAGACUGUGCCUGGACUGGAGCACAGCCUCAGCACCCCACUGAAGCUGGUAGUUGGUUCAUUCCAGUGUGAGAAUCCCACCUCCCCUGUGGCUGUGGAGAGUGGUAUCUCCCAAGGCCUAGAGGCCCCACCCUGGGAGGGAAGCGUUGACGAGGUGCGUGACAGAACGCUGGAGACCCAAGAGACGGCUUCUGUGAUGACAACAGAACAGAACAGAACGCUCAGAGACACAGAGCAGCAGGAGACCAGCUCAGGAGCAGUGCAUGCACCAGGGAUCCACAGAGAAAAGGAACCCUUCUACCCGUUCCUUCCCGGCUCAGACGCCCCGGUCCCGAUCCCCCCCCCCCAGGAGCGCACAGAGCACCAGAGUGCCCCCCGUGGACAGACUGAGGAAGUGUCUGUCUCCACCUUCCUGUAUUCCUCCACCAGUGAUGUGGACAGUCCGGUCAGAGCUGAGCUGGGGGACGACAGUGUCUUCAGGAAGCACCAGGCUCCGUGGUUGACAGGGGUUCUGCCUGCUCUGUGUGCCCAGCUAGAGGGGCCUGUCUGUGGGCUGAGAGACAGCUCCAGCCAGGCGUCAGCGUCCUGCUCCUCCAUGGAGGAGGUGAGCAACCUGGGUCCCGGUCCUCCCUCACCCCAGACCGGAGGGACGUCAGCGGGCUCGGGCGUGUCUGGCGCCCCCUGGCCAGCCUGGAACUCCACAGACGGCAGGCGGACGGCAGGAAGAGGAACCGGAACAGGAGAGGAGGAGGAGGAGAGGAAGGACAAGCUGACGGAGGUGGGCCCGGCUGACCUCCACUCCUCCGCCCGCUCUCUCUCUCCGUUCCGCAGGCACAGCUGGGGGCCAGGGAAGAACCCCGCAGCAGAGACCCAGAUGGGCCAGCGCAGUUCUUUAAGAACUCAGUUGGAAGAAAAAGCUGUGAAGCCGACCUCUCAUAGGAGAAGCAUGAGUUGGUGUCUGUCCAGCAGUCCUAUCCCCGCCCAGGAACACUUUGACACCAGAAGUUACAGUCUGGAAGGUCUACCAGCCCCUGGGGCAGGAGCCCAGCCCUGCCCCAGCCAGCAGGCUUCAGAGCGGGGAGAGUGUGCAGGGCGUGCCCCCCCUCUGGAGGGGGAGGAGAGGGGCUCCCUGGUCUCCCUGACCGAGGAGGAGGCCGACCUGGGAGACGCUAGCAGCCUGGACAGCCAGAGGUCAGUCAGAGUGCUAACCACCAGACACAGCUGCUCCUCCAUGCUUCUUCCCCUCACCAAGUCCAUCUCCAUGGUAACCAUCAGCCACAAGGAGCUGGACGCCAGCAGAAGCCCACGACCCAGGAGACGCAUCUCCUUCUCCUUCAGCAUCUCCCCGCUCCUCCUCCCAAAGCCCAAAACGCUCUUUUCUAUUGGCUCCUCCUCCAGUGACGAGGAGGAGUGUGUGCGAGCGGGGUCGUUCUCCAGCACAUCCGGGUCCAUAGAGUACAGCAUCUCGGAGGAGGAGCCCGGCCCGCUGAGGACGGAGGCUGAGAGCAGGACAGGCACCAAGGUGAGCCGCACCUUCAGCUACCUGAAGAACAAGAUGAGUAAGAAGAACAAGGAAAAGGACAAGGACCGCAGUCGAGAGAAGGAGAAGGAGUCCAAGGACAGGACUGUGAACGGCCAUGUGUUCAGCCUGGCCAUACCAUCUCCCACCACUGGGUGUCAGCACUGCAGCAAAACCAUCAACGCUAAAGAAGCCUUCCUCUGCACCAACUGCAGCGUUCACGUCCAUAAGGGCUGCAGGGAGAACCUGCCUGUCUGUGCCAAGGUCAAGAUGAAGAAACAGCAGUCCAUGCCAGAUACAGCAUCUAUGACUGGAGUCUCAAUGAGAACAUCCUCGUUGUCACGGGAACGACCCCUGUCGGCCAUCUCACCCCCUGAUGACCAAGUGGCAAUGAUGCCCCCCCCUCGCAGGAAUCCCAGCAUCCUCUCCUUCUCCAACCACAGCCCUCUCUCCAAGAGCAUCUCCAUCAGUAACAUCGCUGGGCCGGUGGGGGACGACAUGUCUCUGAGAGGGUUUAAGUACCUGUCCCAGUCCACCGAGGCUCUGCACAAGACCAGCAAGAUCAACGAGUCCACAGAGUCCCUCACAGAUGAAGGGACUGAGAUGAUAGACAGCCAGCUGAUGGGGGAGUUUGAGGCGGAGGUGAAGAAGCUGGAGGGAGAUUCGUGGAGCUUCAGCAUGGAGAAGAAGUUUGUCAAACAGCAGAAGAAGGAAGUGGUGAAGAGACAGGACGUCAUCUACGAGCUGUUCCAGACAGAGAUGCAUCACGUGAGAACCCUCCGGAUCCUGUCGGAGGUGUACAGUAAGGGGCUCCAGAGGGAGGUGCAGCUGGACAGGGAGACCCUGAGCAGGAUGCUGCCUGUGCUGGAUGAGCUUCUGGAGCUGCACACCUGCUUCUUCAGCAGCCUGCUGGAGCGCAAGAGGGCCUCGCUGCUGGACGACGGCAGGGACGACGGCAGGGACGACGGCAGCUACCUCAUCCGCAGGAUAGGGGACGUCCUUCUGGCGCAGUUCUCAGGCCCGACUGCAGAGCGGAUGAAGAAGGUGUACGGAAAGUUCUGCAGCCGCCACAACGAGGCGGUCAACCUCUACAAGGACCUCUACACACGGGACAAGCGCUUCCAAGCCUUCAUCAAGAAAAAAAUGAGCAGCACAAUUGUCAGAAGACUCGGCAUCCCAGAAUGCAUCUUGUUAGUGACGCAGCGAAUCACCAAGUACCCAGUCCUCCUCCAGAGGAUACUGCAGCACACCAAAGACAGCGAGGAGGACUACGAGGGCGUGAGCCAGGCCCUGAAGCAGGUGAAGGAGGUGAUAGCGGCGGUGGACGGCAGGGUGAACGAGCAGGAGAAGAAGCGCAGGCUGAAGGAGGUGUACGCGCGCACGGACAGCAAGUCCAUCAUGAGGAUGAAGAGCGGCCAGAUGUUUGCCAGGGAGGAUCUGCUCAGGGGGCGCAGGCUGGUGCAUGAUGGGACACUGCAGCUCAAGAACUCUGCAGGGCGCCUGAAAGAGGUCCAGGCCAUGCUCUUGUCAGAUGUCUUCGUGUUCCUUCAGGAGAAAGACCAGAAGUUUGUCUUUGCUUCUCUGGACCAGCGCUCCACGGUGAUCUCUCUCCAGAAGCUGAUUGUGCGGGAGGUGGCUAACGAGGAGCGAGGCCUGUUUCUGAUCACGGCUGGGAUCGAGAAGCCAGAGAUGGUGGAGGUGAUGGCCAGCAGCCGGGAGGAGAGGAACACCUGGAGGCAACUCAUACAGGACGCCAUGCACUGCAUAGAGAAGGAUGAAGAUGAGGGUGUUCCCAGUGAGAACGAGGAGGACAGGAGACAGUUGGAGAGCAAGGCCAGGGAGGUCAGAGAAAAACUGAGGAGGAAGGAUGAGGAGAUUGUGACGCUAUUGGAGGAGAAGAUCCACAUCUUUAGAGACAUGAGCGAGGGCCCGCCCCCAGACGAGCCCAGCCCACCAAUCAGGAACCGGAUGCUCUUCAGGGCCACUCCUGAUGAUGUCACCAAGGGAGAACCAAUCAUGAAGGACGCCAUGAAGGAAGUGGAGACGCUGCAUAUGCUGGUGAACAGCAGCCUGGGCGGGGCCGUGGUGGCGAGCUCCCAGGAUGCACCUGGGGCCGCCGUGUGUCUGCCACGACGAGCUGAGACCUUCGGAGGCUUCGACAGAAAGCCAGACCAGACCAACACCAGCAAGAACGGAGACAGAGAGGAGGGCGGUGACUCACCAGACCUUCGCAGGACUGAGUCAGACAGCCUCUUAAAGAAGGGCGGCAACACCAACCUCGUCCUGCUCAAGAGGAACAAUGAGCAGGUUCUCCACAGUGUCACUCACCUCCACGACCUGCUCAGCACCCUGCAGGCCGUGGUGGUCCAGCAGGACUCCUACAUCGAGGACCAGCGGCAGACCCUGAGCGAGCGCCCCCCGCCCUCGCGCCACUCCUCGUCCUCCUCCUCCCUCUCGUCGUCCUCCUCCUCGCGGCCCUCCUCCCUCAUUGAGCAGGAGAAGCAGCGCAGCCUGGAGCGCCAGAGGCAGGAGGCGGCCCAGCUGCAGAGGCAGCAGGCGGCACACGCCGAGGAGCGACGCCGCCGCGAGCGGGAGUGGGAGGCGCGCGAGAAAGAGCUGGCGUGCCGGGAGGAGCAGGUGGCGGGGCAGGAGGAGGAGAGCGCCAGGAGGCGCGGCGAGCUGGAGGAGGAGAGGCAGCAGCUGCAGCGCUGGAAGGAGGAGUACCAGAGAGAUCUGGAAAGGCUGAGGGACGCUCAGAGGAAGCUGGAGAGAGAGAGGGAGGCGCUGAGCAGGGAGGCACAGAGGGUGCAGCUGCUGAAGAAGGCUGAGGUGAGAUGG